AUGUUUCUUAAAAGUCUCAACUAUGCUCCUCUGCUCCUGUUCCUCCUAGCUCGUAGCAUCGCAACUGAAACAAAGGAAUACUCCCUUGAAGCCUUAUGUGGAACGCACACGGACCUGCGAGUAGCAAAUGUCACAAGCUUCACACUCCGAGCUGGCAAGGAGACCUCGCCGACUUGCCACGGAACACUGAACGUGCGAUGGGAAACGCAACAAGCUUUCUGGGUUACCGUGACGGUUCGCCGGUUUUCUUUCACAAGGAGUUCAGCCAGCGUAAGAGAUGGAGCUUGCAACACCCCGCAACCCAUCAAGCUUGUCUCGUAUGAUGGCAUCCGAUCGAUUUCGGGACCGACAGAGUUCAGCAUGCGCUUUUUCAGCUCUGUUCAACUGCAAUACUCUCGACGAAUUCCGUUCGAAAACUCUGAACUUGAUAUGACGAUUACGGUGGAGCCGUUCGAAAUCGAAGAGAAGGUCGAGUGGUUCAACCGGCACAAUUACCAUAAUGUUUCCUUGGAGGAUUUCUGCGGACAAAACCUAUCCGAGAACGUCAGCGAUGGGGCCGUGCGCUGGGGACUGAACGUCAUCCCGCCGCCCUGGAAAACAGACCCAGACUCGAAAUGCUUGACCGCGCUCAAUUUCCACGCGGGCAAUUCCCCGGACCCGUAUUUUGUUUCCGUGGGCGUACACGACAGCGAUUUGGGAUCGGAAGCCGACGGCUCUCGGAGGCAAUGUUUGUCCCGACAUCCGCUGUCGAUUCGAGGGCUUAAUUGGAUACAUACAGUCACGCCGGGAUGCUCGGUGCUGACGCUUAUGCGUCACAGCGGAAUCACUCGAGUGGUUUACGAUCGCAAGGAGCCGUACAAAGAAACCAUGUAUUUAAAUAUGACUCUUCGCUUGAAUGAGGGGGAUUAUUUUGUCACCGACAAAGAAUACGAUGAAGAGCCCCCCGCGAGAGAAUGAGCGAUACCGAACGUCGAGGAGUCUCUUGCCGGAGUGAUCCCCUCCCGAGUCGCGGGAAUACUUUUCGCGACCGACAAGCUACAGCGGGUGACUUGAGCGCAGGAAACCAUGCGAUUGACUCGAUAGUGAUCGAUGAC